GUGGCUAUUUCUUUUCCAUUUCUCUGCGUAAACCAAACCAGCACUUAGUUUGUUGGUCGUUUGACGAUGAUUGAUAACUGGCUUAAAACGUCGGCGUAUGGUAGAAGGUAGGGGCAGCCUGUCAGUCCAGCUAAGACUGGGUUGGCAAAUACCAAUACAGCAUCGGCAUCGCAAUGAAAUUGCUCCAACACGUGGUGCCAAAUGCCAGUGCCCACCGCCACCAACACUGAAAUACCUUUCCAAUUUUUGCAAACCUGCACUGCUCUCUGCUCCUAUUCUGGCUACGUGAAUCAAUCAAGUCAUUCUUCGGAGUUACACAAAAUUGCAGUUGCGAGAAAUUGAUGCUAUAUUACUAGAGACGCAGUUGGAUUUUGGGGCUUCCUUUGUUCUUUCUUUUCUGGAGGCGAGGGGAGGGGAGGGGAGGGGUUUCCAGCUCCGUCGUGAGUAGUUCUUGUGUAUAUGGAUGCGGUUGCGUUAUAAUAAUUGAAGCGAGUGCUAAAGCUUCUGCUGGCAUCUGAAUCUGUAAAGCUAGUUAUGUCGGGUCUUUACAAUUCCAACUUCUCGCCCGCGCGGGCAGCCUCUCCACAGAUUUCUACAACUCCCCAUGAUAUAGAUAGUAAUCAGUAUUUAUCAGAGCUGUUGGCGGAGCAUCAAAAACUUGUACCUUUCAUGCAGAUUCUCCCCAUCUCUACAAAACUCUUGAAUCAAGAGAUAUUGCGGGUUACGGGGAUGAUGCCAAAUCACAACUUCAGUGAACUUGAGAGACUAAGACAUAGAAGUCCCAGCCCUAUGGCCUCUACAAGUUGGAAUGGACUAACACAAGAGAGAUUGGGCGGGCCUCAUGGAAUGACUAUGGAUUGGCUAGGAGCACCAGCAAGUCCCAGUUCCUAUACUGUCAAAAGAAUUUUGCGCUUAGAAAUUCCUGUGGACAACUAUCCAAAUUUCAAUUUCGUUGGGCGGCUUUUGGGCCCUAGAGGAAAUUCUCUUAAACGAGUUGAAGCCACUACAGGAUGCCGAGUAUUUAUUAGAGGGAAAGGUUCAAUCAAGGACCCUGACAAGUUGCAGGAAGAGAAGCUACGUGGAAGGCCUGGCUACGAGCACCUUAAUGAACCACUCCAUAUCUUAAUUGAGGCUGAUUUACCAGCCAAUGUUGUUGAUAUGAGGCUGAGACAAGCACAGGAGAUAAUUGAAGAAUUGCUGAAGCCAGUGGAUGAAUCACAAGAUUUUAUAAAGAGGCAACAGUUGCGGGAGCUAGCCAUGCUAAAUUCAAAUUUCAGAGAAGAGAGCCCCGGACCAAGUGGCAGUGUCUCACCUUUUAAUACGGGUGGUAUGAAACGUGCAAAAACGGGACGCUGAGAUAAAUCUGCAAGCGCUUGAAAGAAUUCUUCUGUGAUUGACCGAAUCAUAUAGAUAUCUAGAUCUAGAGGUAGAACAAGUGCUUGUUUUGCCAUGGCGAUGCCAUUUUACCCAGAUUAUGGGAAGAAAAGAAGCACGAAAAGGGCAAGAAAGAUCUGAUGAUGAUUAGUCUUACGAAUGGACAGUGUACUUUCUUUUUUUAUCUAAUAGUAUUCGAUUGCCAGAUGGAGUCUGUUUUAUCCAUCUUAUUAUACCAAGCCUUUGAGCACAGGAGUGCAAGUUAUGUUUCUUCAGUAUGUAUUGCUAAUUCUUAUUUCUCAUGUGAGUGGACUGUGGCCUCUGUGUAGGGCGGUCGAGCGUGAGCAAGUUGUUUCAUUUUAUCAAGGAUUGAAAAUGGCCAUCUUUCACUUAGACUGUAGAUACAGCCCAUCUCAAAGCCAGUGGCGUGAAUGAUGAUUGCAGUUGGAUGUUCUUUGGUUGGAAAAUGGCCAUCUUUCACCAUGUAAUAGGUCCAUGUACCAUGGAUGAUUUUUAAAGUCAAAAGUGAAUGUUGAGAUUUAUCUA